ACAGGUCACCGGAACGAGUGACGACGACGAGACGGCGAUAAGGUUUUCCCAAAGCUCGGGAGACCGCACCGCACGAACAGGCACAGCGCCAAGAGGAAAGAGGCUCCAGCAAGGCGGCGUCACGACCAACCCAGAGGCUUCUUCACAGCAGCGGCAGCUGAUGCCCGACUCCCCACAGCUCCAGGACCCGCCUCCCCCUCCCGCUCCGCCGCCGCCGCCGCCGCCGCCGCCGGCUAGCCCGACACCAGCCGAGCCAGCGGCAGCAAAUGCCCAGCUCAACCUGAUUCCGGUGAAGCCGAGGAUGAUCAUCAAGGGCGUGCUCGGGCGGUACGAGCGCUGGAACCCCGUGCACCCCACGGCCGGCACCUUCUGGGGCGUCGGCCUCGGCCUCGGCUGCGGCGUCGGCUGGGGAUUCGGGCCCGAGGUCAUUGGGUACGUCGGCGCCGGGUGCGGCGUGGGGUUCAGCGUCGGCUUCACGCUCGCCGGCGUCGGCAUCGGCCUGCCGCAGCACGUCCUCAUCAGGAACAACGAGGACAGUGGUUUUAUGCCUCUUGAUUCAGCAAGGUAUUACGCUGUAACUGCCAUCAGAGGUUUGGUCGGGGAUGCCAUCAACUAUGUAACGGCAAUGAGGAAAGAAUCUCGGCAGAAGCUUCUGAAGUUCCAGGAAAACCCUCCUGUUUCAGGAGGAAUUGGUCUGGGGAAAGGCAUGCCAAGCAGCAUCCAGUCCACCGUGGAAUGCAUCAGGGCCUUCAAAGAUGAGAAUUGGCCUUCUUAAAAUGAAAAUGUAGUACUCGAUCUAGCUAUUAUAUUGAUUGUGUAGAUGCAUCUGUAAAUAUGAUAUGACGCUCUUUUGCUGCACUGUGCAUUGAUGUGCAACAGUGAUGUAAUGUGAAUUAACUUUCCACUUAUAUUGUAUACCCACAUACAGUUGUAACCUACAUUAUAUUUGUGAUAGUGUAUUGUUGAAGCAUGAA